GAGCUCACUACGCCGGUGUGACUCUACUGCUUUCACUGGCUAUCAGAAAGCAGUAACUCAUAUUUCUGUCUCAGCAAUGGAAGGAGUAGUUACAAGACACUGGGUGGAAACUCCUGUACGUUAUCAGGAGCAGUUUGCUGUCCAAGAUCUGGAAGCGUGCAAGUUGGAUCACUCCUUAUAUGCUUUGCCAGGCCCAUCCAAGGCUGAGGUGAGAAGCCGACAUGCAACAAAAAGUACAGCUACAGCAGAGAGGGACAGCACCGAGGAAGGCAAACCCAGCUUUCAGGUCUUACUGGAUGUUGUGCAGUUCCGUCCUGAAGAUAUCAUCAUUCAGACUUUCGAAGGCUGGCUCCUGAUCAAAGCUCAGCAUGGACCUAGGAUGGACGAACAUGGUUACAUAUCCAGAAGCUUUGUUAGACAAUACAAAUUACCUAAUGGAGUCAAGAAAAAAGAUUUGUCUGCUCUCUUCUGCCAUGAUGGCAUUUUGGUUGUUGAAAUGAAGAGCUCAGAGGGAAUGGACUAAAAUCUUUUUAAUUGUUAUUGGUGAGAUAAUAUUAUUCCUAGUUUAACUCAAACAAUGCUUUGCAACGUAGCUAUGCAUGUGAAGUUGUUGGUUUGUAUUUACAAUGGAGAUAAGAACAAAACUUUGCAUAUAUUUUCGACAUGUUGAGUUUUAUUGUUUGAUGUGAAAUGUAAGACUACUUUCCUUCAGCUGCAGACCCACGCUUUUUAGACAAAGGGAAGUUUAUGGCAGUCAUAACAAAUGAAAAAUAUUUCAUAUAAUGCUCUCUGAUGAGGUACCAAGUGUAAAGCAUGUAUAAAAAUGCCAAUAAACAGGGGUUACCUUUGUAAUAUGUACUCAUGAGAUAAAUAAUGAAAGAAGCAGCAGACAUUUUAUGGAAUUUUAAUUCUACAUAACAGAAAAAUGCUAUGUUUUUAUAAGUCAUAUCACUAUAUAAUGUUAACUUCAACAUUUCUUAGAAGAUGUCCAAAGCACGCAUGAGCCGCAUGCAUUUGGUCUGCAAAAUAAUUUUGGCGAAAAACUUUUUGAAUUCAAAUUUAUUUCUAAAAAUUGCUUGCGAGUCUGCCCUUUACAAAUAUAUUGUACUUAAGGGAAUAUUGAACAGCAGAAUAAACAUUAAAUGCACUGUUUCAAAACGUGCCAUCUUUCUACUAACAUUGAGUCAACUUAGUUUUGAUGGAAAUUUUUCAAAUGCUUUGUUAUUAAUCACAGUUCAUUUUGUUUAAAUAUCCUGGCUUUCUGCCAACCAUAGAAAAAAUAUUGCUCACUUAUAAAAGCUCAAAAGUCCCAAAGUCAUUCUUGUGUAGCUGCCCCUGACUUAAAGGUAUUACUAUGCUAGGGAUGAAUUUAAUCCAACAAGUUUACACAAACAAUGUGAUAACAAUCAUGUAAAUGUUUUCUUCUGUGACUUUCUUUGGAACUUAAGGUCCUGAUCCUGCAAUUGGAUCUUUGGCAGCAGAUGCUUGUGCUCACAGAGCCUAACUGGCUCUGCACCAGCAUAGGGGUUCAAAUGCCUGAUUGCAAGACAGGGCCAACUAAGAACACAGGGCUGCUUUCUUCUCUCAAUUAUACUAGAGCAAUCCCACUCAUUUCAAUGGAGUUGUGCAACUAAGGUUAGCCAGGACUCUGCCUGCUAUGUCUAACAAUUGGUCUUCAACAUUACAAAAAGACUUGUUACAAAUGGUCCUGUAAAUACACAAAAAUUCUAGGGGAACUGCAGCUGCAAGAGAAACUGCCUCCUUUUAUGUGUUCUUAAGAUAAGUAUGACUGCUGUGCUAUGAAUAGUAAAGGAAUGCAGAGUGGAAAGUGCCAAGCUAAAUACAGACUCUUGCUGAUAGCCAUCUGCUGUUCAGACAAAUUAAAAACAUUUUUUAACUAAAUCAAAUACAAAUAAAAUUCUGAGUAUAUUAAAUCACAAGGGAAAAAUCAGAUUAACAAAAAUGUUUCUACUCCAGGCUCAAAAAGAGAGCUCUCUAGUUUACAGUGAAAGCAUUAGACUUGUGUGUUUGUGCUGCAUGCUGUAGAAAUGUUUAUAUUAGUGAUCAAUUAAAUUUGAAGAAAUUUGAAAGACACUGGUUUGGAAUAGGCCAAAUACACCUCUACCCCGCUAUAACUUGACCCGAAAUAACAGGGCUCCGGCAGCACUUUAAAGGGUCCAGGGCUCCAGCUGCUGUGAGAAGCCCUGGGCCCUUUAAAUCAACACUGGAGCCCUGCUGUCACUACCCCGGGGCUGCAGCAGUGGGGCUUGGGCAGCACUUUAAAGGGCCCAGGACUCCGGCUGCUGUGAGACGCCCUGGGCCCUUUAAAUCACCGCUGGAGCCCUGCCACCGUUACCGCGGGGCUGCAGCAGUGGGGCUUGGGCAGCGCUUUAAAGGGCCCGGGGCUCCGGCUGCUGUGAGAAGCCCUGGGCUCUUUAAAUCACCUCUGCAGCCCUGCCACUACUACCCCGAUAUAACGGCGUCUCACCUAUAGUGUAGUAGGGAUUUUUGGCUCCCCAGGACCGUGUUACAUCAGGGUAGAGGUGUACUACAUUUUUAAUUUUUUUAAUUUUUUUUUUGCAGUCCAAACUCACACCAAUUUCAAAGCAAGUUUGCUCUGCAUAAGGAAUGAUGGAUUAAGUCCAGAGCCUGCAAUUCACUGCAUGUGCUCACCCUGCUGCACCCAAUCACAGUGGAUAGCAGGUUAGGGACCUACAUUUAUUUCUUGACUGAUGUACACAUUGGUCUCUUUUUGGGUGGCACUAAUGUUUUCUAGCAAACUGAUUUAAACAUAAAAUAAGAGUCCCUCAACCCUCUCCUUUGCCCCCAAGUUUGCCUUUCUAUAUCCAUUGGUUAAGGAAAUUAGAAUGAGGUUCCAGUCGCAAAAUUCAGGCCUAGAUUCAGAUUCCAAACGCUUCAAACUCCACGAUCUUUCAGAUCCAGAGAUUUCGCUGAGCCCAUAAUAUAAGUUAGGGCCAUUAGCAAAUUUUAGAUGCAGAUCUGGGUUUAGAUGUGUUUGGAUCCAUGGUUUUUACACCAUCAGAUGUAUUGCGAUCUGGGUUCAGGACCAUCUAUAGAGGUAACCAGGUUUAGCGCCAUUUUAAAAAACCUUAAUACUCUUCUAUUGCUCAUUUUACUUUACAAAGAAUUUGUAAGAUAUGAUCGUUUACAAUGAAAAGUCCAGCCCUAUCUAUUAUUACAGUGGAGGCAUUCAUGUAUCUAGAGAUAACGGGAGAUUUACAAAAUAUGGAUUUAGCAAUUUUAAAAGUUAUACAAACAUAAAACUAUGGCUGAUUUUAUAAAUAAAUCAAGCUCUGACUAAACAAAUGGAAAUUUGGCAAAUAAUUAGUCCAUAAUCCUGGCAGCUUGACUUGAAUUUGUAUACACAUGAAAAGAGCUGGCCAAGUAGAGCGCAGCUAUUGCACCUAGCUCUAGAUUUUCCCAAAGCAUAAGGGGCUGAUUCUGAACUCAUUUAUGUUGUAAGUCACAAGUAACUCCACUAAAGUCAGUGAGGUUACACUUGUGUGAAACCAGUGUGUUGAGCAAAUGGAGUUCACACUGCUGGAAGAGUUAUUGUUGUAGGUCUUGCUACACCCAGAAGUAGUGCUGUAGUGAGUAGGUUUCGCCUCUGAGCUACUGCAAAUAAAACACAUACUGUAUUUCUCCUGCAACCACAUCUGCCUCUCUGUGGGUCUACUCCUUCCUACACCAUAAUAUGACAAUACUCUUUCUAUGUUCUCUGAGACCAGAGCAAUGGAGGCUGCACUAGACCAUUUGACCUGGAGUGUUGAUUGUUACAUUUUAACAUGCUCACUUCUUAAUUGUCCAUUCCAUGUCAAGCAUUGCAAAUUCUUAUAAUUUUGUCACAAGUCUCAUAUUAUCUGGUGGGGGUUUUAGCCCACCAAUUCCUGGAGCUUUCAUUUUAAAGAUUCUUGGGUUUCAUUUAAAAAAAAAAGUUUCUGGUCCUUUCUGUUGUGGAGAAAAGCUUGAAAAUAUGAACCGUAAAGGCUCCAAAACCAAAAAGCAAAUAAAAAUCUAGCAUAAGAGUGUCCAUACUUGCCGUUAUUCUGGAAUAGCUAUUCCAGAAUAACUCAUGUGUAGACAAGUAUUUAUAUAAACAAUCAUACAACAUAAAAUUUGACAGUGAAUUUGGCCACAGAAAUGUGAAAAAACCCACCCUUAAGACAGCUAGGGCCUGAUUCUCCACCUGCUUACAACAAUGUAAAUCAGAAGUGAACUCACUGAAGUCUGUGGAAUUAUAUUAGUGUAAAAGUAACAGUAGUUGGGGAAUUAGAUCCUUAAAGUGCAUUCACAGGCUACACUGAUGGGUGCGGUAUAAGAGUCUGAUCCUGCACGGCUAGAAUCAGUGAGAACUUUGCUAUUGACUUCAAUGGGCACAGGAGCAGAACCUAAGUGAAUGUAACAAGUAAAUACAUACUUGAGACUAUAUUAGAAUAUGUAUCAUCUAUUCAAGAGACAACACACUCAUUGUCUAUAUUGUAGCA